UAUUUCAUCUGGUUUUCCACUAAAACAAAGUUUGUUAAAACAGGCAGCACUAAUGAACUAGGAUUCAUAAGUGCAAUAUUUUUCGAAAUUGAAUAUCAGCUGAUUUUUUGGUUGAAAACAAAUUGAUUUUAUUAGGAUACAGACUAAGCCUGUAUUGGUGAGAUCUGACGUAGAAAGCUCUAUUCAGUUCGUUUACUUUAUGCGUAUUGUUCACAACUGACUUUGUGAACAGUUUGAUGUUUAUAGAAAAUGCUGCCCUUUACAAUGCAGCAGUGAGUUUUAUUUUUUAUUUCAUUAAAUAUGGAUGAAUAUGUGAAAGAUCUGCUGCGAACAUGGGAACUAGAAGAGUUAAUAUCGCGGUUUGAAGCGGAAGAAGUUAACGAGAAAGCUUUCAAUUGUUUAACGGAAGACAUUAUACGAGAGCUAAUUCCUAAGCUAGGCAAACGUGCUAUUUUUAACAAGGCGUAUGAAAAAUACCGUGAUCAGCUAAUCUUUCGGGUAACGAAUACAAAACAAUCGGAACUCGAAACGACAAAUUUAAACUUGGAAAACGCCCAUCUAGUCAAACCCGCAGUUGGCAUUAGACAAGAAAAUCACUUCAAAGGAAACAUAUGCCCUCAAGAAUCGUUACCAACUCUCAGCAUCGAAGCCCUAACUGAACCCACGGACAGUGACCGGCAAACUGCGGAUGCUUUGCGCAAUCUUCUCAGUGAUAGUUCCAUGAGUGUCACCUUACUAAACAAGGAAUUUUUGACACCUGUUUACCGACGAUUUCUCAGUGAUGAAAUCAUUACGUUCCUGUACAACAAGUUUGAUGGAGAUUUAACUGCAGAACUACUUAACAGAUGGGCUCGGGCGGUGGAAUUGGUCUUCCCCAGCGAAGCAGCGGUGUUUUAUUUUCGCCAAACGACGGAAAGUUCCGCUUGGGCGGGAAAGCUGUACGCUUCUUAUCAAAAGCUUCAUCAACUGCGAGUAGUUGAACCUCCUCUGUAAGCUAGUUCUAAUCUUGUGAAUAUGUAUAUAGAAAAAUGUACAAAAACAAGAUGUUUUGUUGAUUGGAAUGCAAAUAAUAGUAAGAAAUAGAAUUGAAAAUUUCUCUAACAUUUUUA